AUGGCGGACAGCAGUCCCAGCAUGCUCCCUGGAGAGACCCACAAUCCCCUGCAGGAGGCAGCUGAGGCCGAUGCCCCGCCUUGCCGAUGCCAGAAGACAAGACGUAGAAGUUCCCGUCUCAUCUUUAAGGAGCGAUCCCUGAGCAACUCUCGAGCCAUUCAAGACGGACCCUUGGGGUUCUUCCAGAUCCUUCCAGUGGAGAUGGUCUACAACAUACUGUAUGAGCUGGCAAUAGUGGACCUGUCCGUCCUCACCAUUGUGUCCAAGGCAGUGCGAGGGUUGGUGGAAUGUUUCAUGGACAGCAAACGGGGGGAGGACAGACUGCUGCUGAGGGUAUCUCUCCACAAGCCGGCAUCACAGGACCAUGCAGGACUCAUGCAGCACUUCCGCAGGCUAGGUGUCCUACAGAAGAGAGCCACCUGCCUCUACACCACACGAGACAGGCUCAGAAUCAUCGAGCAGUUCAUACAAAAGAUGGACCUAAUGUCGUGCUUCGGCUGCUCCAACCAGUGCCUGGCUCUGACCUGCUAUGGGCGGUUUCUGCACACGGUCAUCGCUGGCUGGGACGAGAUGGAAUGUCUGCGGGUGUACGUCCUGGUAAACACCCACGUACAGAGGAGACUCAACCAGGUCCUACACUCCACACAUGACAGUGCUGUGUGGAUGGAGAUGGGAGAUGCGGAGAGUAACACCCCCGCCUCCACAGUGGUACUGGCCGAGCUGGGCUCCGCCAUCAAGACGCUCCACAACUACGGACGGGAGUGGACCGAGGAUGACAUCAUCGGGGUCAUCGAGGAGGUCACAGCCAUCCCGGAGAGUUGGACGGGGGAGAACCUGGCCCGUCUGCUGACACUGUGUGGGGAGAGCGUCUGUGUCCAACUGCUGGGCAGUAAGGCCAUCAACGGGAGACUCGACGAGCUAGCUGAGAUCAUCGUGCACCUGGCAAAGGAGGACCUGUACUACAUGCUGUCGUCUGUCCCCCUCUCCCCCAUUCUAACCCUCCCCCUCCCACCAGGAGAAGACACAGACCCCACAGACUUGUACUACAUGCUGGAGGCUCAGUCAGCCUUCCACACAGAACUCAUGAAGGAGGCCUUCGCAGAUCUACUUUCCUCCUAA